GAUAAAACAAAAACAAUGAUAUUUCUGAGGCAUCAUUUGAAUGAGGCUUUGAAAAAUAAAUAUUUAACUGUUAAAGAUCCUGCGGAUCUAUGGAAAGCCUUGAAAGAAAGGUAUGAUCACCAGAAAAUGGUGAUUCUCCCCCGGGCUCGUUACGAAUGGAUGCAUUUACGCUUCCAAGAUUUCAAAACUGUUAACGAGUACAAUUCGGCCAUGUUCCGCAUUUGUUCGGUAUUGAAAUUAUGCGGAGAAAACAUAACUGAUUAUGAUAUGCUGGAAAAAACGUUGUCCACGUUCCACGCUUCAAAUGUACUAUUACAGCAACAAUACAGAGCAAAAGGCUUUGUAAAAUAUUCUGAAUUGAUUUCAUGUUUGCUGUUGGCUGAACAAAAUAACGAGUUGUUGAUGAAAAAUCAUGAAUCUAGACCCACGGGGUCUACUGCGGUCCCUGAAAUAAAUGCUGUAAUAUCUAAACAGGGAACCGGAACUGAAAACAGCCAGACAUAUGUGCGUGGAAAUACCUCGGGACGUGGCCGGGGUUGUGGACGUGGACGUGGCCGUGGCCGUGGAUAUGGCCCAGAUCGCCGAUUUGACCAAGGCUUCAAAUUUCACAGAGGGUACAACUCGGGCCGAGGGAAUUAUCGUGGACGAGGCCGUGGCUAUGUCCAAAAUUUUGAAAGGGGGAGAAAUUUCCAGCCAAAAUUUGAACAAAAUAAUGUGACGGAAAAUAAUAAUGAAAAUGCAU